AUGUUGCUAGCGCUAAUAUUGGCGAAGCCAGACAUGGCACUACCUGUAUUUAAUACGCUUUCGGCUACUGAUUUUCUGCAGGUAGAUCACUGUCAUCGAUUUGUUAUUGGCAAACAAUGCUUUGAAUCCCUUAGCGAGCUGAUUUCCGAGCUGAAAUCGCUGCAAUGUGGCAUGGAAACACUAAGACUGGGAACAGCUGUGUUUCGGACUGACGAUAUCGGUAGAUUUGGAGCGCACUGCAUUGUGGAGGAACUUCCUCGUGAAAAGAUGAAAACUGUAAUUCCUCUGCCCGAUAUUAAGCAAAAAUCUGUCUUGGUUAUGCUGAAAUCAACAAUCGCUCACAGUGGCAUCGAUGAAGAACUUGAAUCGCUAAUGCUGCUGAAACACAGUAACUUAAUCGGACUUAAAGAUUUUGCCACAUAUCAAAAUGGUCCUGUAAUCCUACGCUAUGAAAUGUAUGAUUGCACCUCUCUCUACGACAUUAUGUUGAAGGAGGACGUCAUCAGUUUGGCGACUACGCUGAAAUGGGUUCAACAGGUGCUUAUGAAAUAG